GGCUCAGCCCUUGGGAGCCGGGCAGGGGGGCGGGGCCCUUCCUCCUCGCCAGCCCCACUGGCGAUCGUGAUUGGCUGUAGCUAUGCAGUGCAUGUCUUCCUCCCUGGAUCCCCCGGGCUCCCUCCGGACUCCCUCACUGCUCCUUCCACGAUCCCGCCCUUCUCUCGCGCCUCCCUCCCCUCUCCUCCCCCUCUCCCCCUCCUCUCCCCCAGUCUCCCCCUCCCUCUUCCCCUGCACCUCCUCCUCCUCCUCCCCCCCUUCCUCGCGGGCGCUGGGUGACUCGCCCAGCAACAGAUGCCAGCCGUCAGGACUGGCACCCCGCGGCCGCGCUGAGGCGGGGAGCCGGGGCGGGGGGGCCGGGCCGGGAGGCGGGCUCGCGAGGCGCGCAGAAGCCACCCAGGCAGACGCCCGUCCCGGAGCUGCGCGCACGGCUGCCCAGCCAUGCCAGGCCCGGCCACCGCCGCGGGGCAGCUCCCCUUCGGCGAUGCCAACGAGGAGGUCCGCGCCGGGCUGGGGGGCUCGGCGGGCGGCGCGGGCCCGGAGCCGCGGGGCGCGCGCGGACGGCGGCUGCACAUCGUCUGGAGGAACGUGGUCCUGAUGAGCCUGCUCCACUUGGGGGCCGCCUACUCCCUGGUGCUCAUCCCCAAAGCCAAGCCCCUCACUCUGCUCUGGGCUUACUUCUGCUUCCUCAUGACUGCUCUGGGCGUGACAGCCGGAGCCCAUCGCCUGUGGAGCCACAGGUCCUACAAGGCCAAGCUGCCCCUGAGAAUAUUUCUGGCUGCUGCCAACUCCAUGGCUUUCCAGAAUGACAUCUUUGAGUGGGCCAGGGACCACCGAGCCCACCACAAGUACUCAGAGACAGAUGCCGACCCCCACAAUGCCCGCAGAGGUUUCUUCUUCUCCCACAUCGGGUGGCUGUUGGUGCGCAAGCAUCCGGACGUCAUUGAGAAGGGAAAGAAGCUUGAUGUCACGGACCUGCUCGCAGACCCUGUGGUCCAGUUCCAGAGGAAGUACUAUAAGACCAGCGUGGUGCUCAUGUGCUUUGUGGUCCCCGCCCUCGUGCCCUGGUAUAUCUGGGGAGAGAGUCUGUGGAAUUCCUACUUUUUGGCCUCCAUUCUCCGCUAUACCAUCGCCCUCAAUGGCACGUGGCUGGUCAACAGUGCAGCCCACAUGUAUGGGAACCGACCCUAUGACAGGCAUAUCAGCCCUCGGCAGAACCCGCUGGUGACCCUGGGUGCCAUUGGGGAAGGUUUUCACAACUACCAUCACACUUUUCCCUUCGACUACUCUGCUAGUGAAUUUGGCUUAAAUUUCAACCCGACCACCUGGUUCAUUGACUUCAUGUGCUUGUUGGGGCUGGCCACUGACCGCAAACAGGCCACCAAGUCAAUGAUUGAGGCCCGGAAAGCCAAGACAGGAGACGGCAGCGCCUGAAGUGGAACCAGCCAGUCAACAGUCUGACCGAUCUUGAGGCUCGCCCAUGUCUUCGUUACUGUAGUUCUCUGUCUCAUUGGAUGGUGGAGGGGAUAGAAUCCGAGUGGUUUGGGAAUUGUUGAUUUGUCUCAAAUAAUGUCAACUACAACUAUCAAUAAAAAACAUUAGGUCAAUAUUAGUUCUACGAUUUAGCAUUAGUGUAACUUAAUCUCUAUAGCAAUUCUAUGUCAAAUGCACAUUGUUCUGAGCUUAUACAUGAUGUUAUCCCAGACAGGAUGGAUCUUUACUGAUUUCUGUGUGAUCCAGGAUAGCAUUGCUCUUAUUUAUUUUCUGUGAAUUAAUCCAGCAUUGCUUUAAACACACUAUCUGAGGAGCAGAGAGGCAGAGUACAAGACAAAAGAGGGUCUUUGGAGUAACUUGGUAAUGUUCUUGUUUUUAGAACUAUUGUGUGUAUGGGGUUUUGUUUGUCUGAGAGAAUCUAUCCAGGCACUGAUGGCUCAUGCUUGUAAUCCUAGUUACUCAGGAGGCUCAGAUUUGAAAAUUGAAGUUCAAACCUAGCCAGGGCAGAAUAGUCCAAGUGACUCUUAACUCCAAUUACCCAGCAAAGAGCCAGAAGUGUAGCCGUGGCCCAAGUGGUAGAGC